CGAAUUUCAUCCCUAUAACAAAAUCAUAUUGGAAUAAACAAACAAGUCAGUGUGGCCCCAGAUGCAGAAAUAGUGUCGCAAAUCGUCCCAAUGUCGCAAAGCAGGUCAGGCCGCCGAAUACCUUGCCGCAAAGUAACCCUACACCUGUCCAAUAGCGCUGGGACCAUUCAGCAUUGUGUGUAUUGUUGACUUUUCUCUUGGUGUGGUGAAAUCGCCUUCACUGAGGGUUGAACUAGCGUCUUUGCACGACAACCCCGGCUUUUCUUUCCGGAGAAUUUUCGCGGGGUUUGCUUGUUCGAGGACCUGGUUUUCGUUCCUUUGGACCUUUCUGAGACCGAAGACGCCAGGGAAAAUGUUUCGGAGUGUGUUAGUACUGUUGGCGGCCCUUGUACACCUAUGUACCGGCGAAUCCGUCACCUUUCCAAGCGGGGAGGUUCUGAACUCCGUUGACGAUGUGCCGGACGCCUAUGUCUCGGCUAUCAACACCAGCAGUCUACUGUUCGACUCGGAGGGCCUUGACAGCGUGAGUCUGUCCGUGUACGUGCCCGUGUCACGUUGGAAGUCUCCCGACCAGCGGUACUUCCGGGCCAACCCGACCUUCAUCGCCUGUCUCCAGAACACCAGCACCGCACUCAGCGGCGAGGAGAAACCGAUUGAGAUCGCGGAAGGAUACAGAAUAGCAUCCGACUCACCUUCCUCAGAUGCGCUGACAACAGGGGAGGCGGCGGUGGUGCGGUUUACAAACGCAACAGCCGGGAUGACAGUGAACGACAUCGUCAGAGUCGCCAUCCAACAAUGUGUCCCUGUGUUUGAGGACGUUCAAAGAAACAUCGGAAUCACGGUUACGGAUGACACGGUACUGAUACAGAUGCGCCCUGACGACGGUUCCGACCUGGGGUUCGAGUCGGACUGGUGGACAUACUUGGACUCUGCAUAUGACUUGGCCACAACUCCAACGUGUGAAGAAGACACUGCUCUGAGCGCCAACGGCGACAAGUACCCAUCUACUGCUACCAGCGCAGAGGCCGAGGUUGGGGCCAUAGACAGCGCUAUCACACGGGACAGCGAGGACUUCAGGCAGUUAGUCCAGUAUCCAGCUAGCCAUAUCUUGUUUGCGGAUGAAGAAAGCUCCUCGAGUUGGUGUGGUGCGGAAGGAGCGUCAUGCAAUCCGUGUGCGUCACAUCCGGUUGGCUUUACCCCGUCCCAAAGAUGUGCAGACAGGGUGAUGAGUAAGCGACUGUACACGGCACUUCUUAGAGUGGACAAACAUGUCAGGGCACAACUCAACGCCCGAUUGAGGAUAACCGAAGCGUGGGACGAGCCCCACUCGGGAGCCGCAGACGGGGACCAGGCGGAGAACAGUCUGCACAACGAGGGGCGCGCGGCAAAGCUCGAACUCUCCGGCUCUUCUGAUCUCACCUCGCUGGCUAAAUACUGCAUCUGCGCAGACAUCGACUACGUCGAACACAAAGGGACUUACCUGUUCGUGGCCGUGCAAAAGCAGGAGGGAUAUUUGUCCAACUAUAUUGAGUUUGAUAACGAAGCCCUGGUGCCAGUCCUGCCACCCAGCUCCAACACGGACACGUACGAUGUCAGCGAUGUCUAUACCCGUGCAUACCUCUUCGACAGCGACGGAAAGGAGGACAAAUAUCUGUGCGAUGACGCUACGAUCGGUGACUUCAAGGACCCGGAUGAGCGCUACUUCCGGUUGGACCCCACCCUGGUAAAAUGUUACCAGGCCAUCUCAACACGUGAUAACAAAUAUAACAACGGAGCGGCCCGACGUAAGAUCGUGGUGAAUGUGGGGUACCGUUCCACGCCUGCUCAGAGUAACGAGUACGGCAUCAACGACCCGCGGUACAACACCUUCAACCGCGGGUACGCCAUGCAGCUCAGUUACGAGGACGGCGUGGACACUGAGACAUACAACCCCGCACGGCUGGCGACUAUCGCUGCUUCUCAGUGCGGAAAGCUCUUCAAAACGGCCGGCGUUUCCAUAGGGCUGGGACUAUACACCGACUCCAUCUUUGUUGACAUGCGGAAUGAGCAGGAGCUAUGGGUGGAGACAUCAGAUGCUCUACCGGCCGACACGUCUGAAGAUGAGUGGUUCGACAAAACGGACGAGUACGUCUUCGCUUCGGAGGAGGACCGCAUCAUUGAGCCAGAUGACCCGGUAUCUGCCUGUCUGGACUUUAUCGCUCCCGAGAAGCAGUCCAGCGACUUUGAACAUCCCAGCAGCGCCAAGAGACGCAAGAAGAGAACAGCAAACGACGUGUGCACGCCAUCCUCUUCUACCACACACUGCUCACAGACGGCAGCACAUAGGGACAACGAGGUAUCCCAUGUGAUGAGCAUGGUGGUCCGAAAGUACUUGGAAGGUGACCUUGAAGACAGGCUGCGAGCUGCUUUGCGGGGCUGCACUGGAGCAUGUGGCACUUGUAUGGAAGGAAGCAUCUGGGACGAAAAGGUCCGAAACUGCAACAAUUUCAUGCACUGGGUUCCCUUCAACCUGGGGAACAACGAAACUGACGUCACCAACAUUCAUCCCAGAAACAACCUGGAGCUAAAGGCUUAUGCGUGUCAUCCCGGGCACUGUAUCAUCGAGGCACCACUUUUCUCCUUGUUGGUACAAAGCGUUGACGAGCGCUACCGACCCGACCCUGCUCAAAGCGCUGAGCAAGAGCUGUACUCCUCCGAGCAGAACCCCCUCCCCAUCAUGGACCUGCUGUACAAGCUGUACGCCAUGCACGCCCGGGGGCAGGUCAACGUCUGGGUGGCGACAGAGGAGGAGAUCAACAGUCUGGAAAGCUCGCUGCAGGUCGCUAUGGUCUACAACAAGGACGUCACCGGCGUUACCAUCUACGUUACGAACCCGGACGUGGUGGCCGACGUGGAAACAGCGGCUCGCAAGUUUGUUGAGGACUGGGCCACGUCAGCAUGUACCGAGCACACCCGGGACACCAUCGCGCCGCUGACGGUCGAGGCUGCGCCAGCAGCUAAGAGAAGACGCAGUCCUGAGUACGACCUCCGGGACCAGCUGUUGGAGAGGGAACAGAAGUGGGAGGAGCGGUGGAUGCAGUCCAAGCUCAGAUCCGGCGGGGGGAUGUAAACUCAAUGGAACGCCAAAUUCAUUUCCGGCGGGGGGAUGUAAACUCAAUAGAACUUACAGAGAUGUGUGCUAUUUGUUUCAUAUAGACGCUCAUAGCUACACUUUGUCAUGUACCAAGCUGCUAUUUCAGUUUGGCAUGAACGCGAAUGAAAUAAUGUUUAUGUUUUGUUUUAAAUUUCCUAGCAACUGUAAACAAUAAACUAGUCGGAAAGUCUAUUCUUUGUAAAAACAAAACGUUAUCGAGUGAUAUAGUAUACCUGUGUGCAGAUUAUACGGAAAAUUGACAUUGUCAUUUUCAUCAAAGAAAAUUGAUACAAUUAUGUAAAUAGUUCUUUUCGUGGAUUUUUAAAAAGCGUUUGACACAUGAAAAAAAAAUAUUGUACUACAGUAACAGGAUUGCAGACAUUCUUUAAAACAUUGGCUGCAUAAAGAUGUAUUCUACAUGUUUGAAAUAAAAGCCUAACUACUGCAUUUCAGUAGUUAAUGUGCCGUGA